AUGCUGAGUAAGGCGACAAAUGGCACAAUAUCAUCCUUGUAUGACAAGUAUCCAUGCUUCAGAGAUGGAUCUUAUGUGCUGUAUGAAUUCGGACUUAUGUUCGGAAAUGAAAGGGCAAAAUUGGCUGCAACAAACCUAAAAAAUCUUGUUUUGGCUUGCGAAGGCAUGAGCAGCUUUGAACACAUCUCUGGGGAGACUAGUGAUGCAUUGAAGAUGAUCAAUGUCAUCAACUUCAUAGAACGCAGCACACGGAGGCAUCAAGGGGGGAUAGGAAAACGAAACAUGGGGUCAAUUGUACAAAUAAAGAAGGACGUUGCACAGUCUGACAUCAUGCCUGCCCUGAAGACGAAAGUGUUGGAAUCCCCCCGAAUAGUUAUAUUUAUGGAUGGUGACAAAGUCCAAGGAAUAUUUUUGGUUGGAGAUACGGUAUACACAGAGGUGAAGAAGGAGGGCGGUGUGCUGGCGGCAGUUAUCAAAUUGAUCGCCAUGUACUACAUCUUUGACAUGGAAUUCCCAAAGGCAUAUGCGAUGGUUAUGGCCGUGUUCCAAACCAUCGUACUCCAGGAGGUUUACAAACGCGAAACAUCGGCCAAAUACAAACACUUUAUGAAAGACCUGAAAUUUCAGCUAGCUGAAGUUGCUCACCGCGAGGGCCAGGAAGAAAGUGAGAAAUAA